AUGAAUAUCUUAAAUCAAUAAUAAUUGCAGAAUACAUAAGAAACAAUAUGUAAAAUUCAUAAUCUAGAAUUGAUUGCUGUUGAUUUAGAUUUAUCAGAUAAAGCACAGAUUUAAUUCUUUUGUGGUAAAUGCUUAGUUGAGAAAAUGAAUAACAACAAAGUGACGACUAUUGAAUAAUCAAAAGAGAGAAUCUAAAUAGUAAAGGCUUAAUAAAGAGAUAUCAAAACUAAAGAGAAUCAAGCAAGACUUAGCUAUUAUAAAAAUAUAUUAGAUUAAAUAAUGGAUUUUAAAUAAUCAAUAAAUGAUUCUUUGGAGAAGAUGUACAAAUAAAUAUAAUAAUAUAUAUUUCCAAUUUAAAAAGAAAAAUUAGAAUUAUAAGAAUGUGAAUAAUAAUUAAAUUACUUUGAAGAUAUAAAAUAAUUGUCUGAAUUAUAUUCUUAAGAGUAAUAGCAAUCACCUAAAUUAAUAGAGGAUAAUCAUUUUAUUAAUGAAUUAUAAAGAUAAUUUGAACUAUUAUUGAAUAGUUCUGAAUACUUUUAGACAUUAGAUACAUUUAAAAAUACAAAGGAAACAAUUAAAGAUAUAAUGGAAAAUAAUGUUAUUGAAUUAAUUCCUUAAUUUAUCAAAAAAAACAAUUAUGUAUAUUAUAUUUAUUAUUUAUAGAAAACACCAAGUUUAAGUAGAAUUUGCAGUAAGCAUAAAAAGGAAAUUAUAAUGAUUGAUAUGGAUUCAUCAACUAGUAAAAUUGAAGAUAGAUUUGUAUGCGUUGACUGUAUUUCUGAGAAUCCAUAAAUAAAAUAUGAAACUAUAGAAAAUGUGGAUAAGUAAUGGUAGGAAUACAACACUGAAACUGAAAGAAUAUUAAAAGAAUACAAAAAUGAAAGCAAAGAAAAAAAGUCUGAAUUAUUUAAUUAAUUAGCUCAUAUGAGAAAGAAUUAUAAUAAGAAAUUGAAUGAAAUAAAUGAUAAAUUGAUUGCAGAAUAAUUCUUAUCCAUUGAUAAGACUAAACAAUCAAACUAAAUAAAAAAGAUUUCAAUUUAAGCAUUAAGUGAUGAAUAAUUAUUAAAAGAUUUGAAGCAAUUAAUUCAAAAAGAAAAAGAAAAAGUAUCAUAAAGUUAAAUAAUUAUAAAUUAAAAAAAUAAGGAUUAAAUUUUCAAAAAGGAUAUUUAGUACCAAUUGGAAUCUUUGCAAUAAUAUGACUAAUAGGAUAUUUAAUAAUCUUUAGAUAUACUAAAGGAUAUUUCAAGUAUCAAAUUAUAUAAUUUUAUUUAGUUGAAAAAAAAUUAAUUAACUAAUUGAUUGAUAUGAUCUAAGAAAUGUAAAAAUGUGCCUAAAAGGAUGAAAACUAUACAAACCAAAUUAAUCUUAACAAAGAAAUUUAAGAAUUGAUUGAUUAGGCUAAAAAAUAUCAAUCCCAAUUAAAUAUAUUUGAUUAAACUAUUACCAUUUAUUAAUAACAUGUUUAGAAGAUAGAAUAAAUUUAAUAAAAUAUAUAGAUAAAAACUUAAGAUUAAACAAUUAAAUCAGAAUAUUUAAAGUCUUAAUAUUCUAAAUUAUUAAAUAUUUUGAAUGAAUAUUCAAAUACAUUUGAUAAUAAUAGCAUAUUAUUGAAAAAAUAUUGUACCAUUAAAUAGUUGGAGAAUGAUAUAAUAACAUUAAAGGAAGCAAAUAACAAAUUAGAAAUUGAGAGUAAUGCUUUAUAAUAUUAAAUAGAAAAUAAUUUUAUUAAUUCUAAGGAAUAGCAAUUUGAGUAGUAUCUCAAAGAGCUAAAUGGAAAGUUAUAGUCGAAAUUUCAUUUUAUUUAGGCAAUUAUUAAAUCAGGAGAACCCAUAUAAUAAUGA